AUGGGAAAGAUCACUUUCUACGAGGACAGGAGCUUCCAGGGCCGCUGCUACGAGUGCAGCAGCGACUGCCCCAACCUGCAGACCUACUUCAGCCGCUGCAACUCCAUCCGCGUGGACAGCGGCAGCUGGAUGCUCUAUGAGCAGCCCAACUACCAGGGCAACCAGUACUUAUUGAGGCGGGGGGAAUACCCCGACUACCAGCAGUGGAUGGGCCUCAGCGACUCCAUCAGCUCCUGCCGCCUCAUCCCCCAACACUCUGGCACUUACAGAAUGAAGAUCUACGAGAGAGAUAACUUUAGAGGACAAAUGUCAGAGGUCACAGACGAUUGUCUCUCUCUUCAGGACCGCUUCCAACUCAAUGAAAUCCACUCCCUCAAUGUGCUGGAGGGCUGCUGGGUCCUCUAUGAGAUGCCCAGUUACAGGGGACGGCAGUACCUGCUACAGCCAGGGGAAUAUAGGAGAUAUCUUGACUGGGGAGCUGCAAAUGCCAAAGCUGGGUCUUUAAGACGAGUCAUGGAUUUUUAUUGA